AUGGGAUUCUGCAGAAGAUGUGGUGAUAUCGUAGUUGGUCCCCGUUGUAAAUGCGGCGGCACAUCCGUUGCCCCCGUUGUAAAGUGGUCUCAGGAGGAUGGCCAGAAGCCCCAGGAUCCUUGGUCCAAGACCUACGUGACUCGGGAUAGGUCUCCCACCAAGAACAUCCAAACUCUCCAGCGAAACUUCACCGGACAAGACCCUAGUUCAAGUGUUGCCUCCACCCCUGCCCCCGCCCCCUCUACCUCCCCUACCAAACGAUUCCCGCGCCCGACGAACCAAAAGCCGCUAGCGGUAUCGUUGGACAAACGAGUCUCGGACCGGAUCAAUACGACCAACGCCGCUUACCGCCCACCCUCACCUCUCAAGCACUCAACAAGUGCGCCCUACGACGAUGACAUUGCGUCGGACGUCAAACCGGAGGAGGGCAUUCUACCCAACCUGAACAGCGGGUCACGCCUUGCGAAAGCCUACGGCUCUGUAUUGCAGUCCAAGGAAUCCCUCUCCACCUUCAUCUGUGCCAUCUGCUCCGACCCAUUCCCGCCUGACGCUACCAUAUAUCCCGACCCCUCUUCAAUUCGCCCUGGCUUACCUAUUGACGACGUUGGUUCCGGAUCCCGCUUCCUUUGCCGUCCGUGCUUCACCGCCAACGGUGGCUCCAAAGGCGACUGUCCUGCCUGUGACAAGGCCGUCCUCAUUCUCAAGAGCGAAGGCGGUUUCGUAGAGGCUAGUGGCAAGGUUUGGCACAAGCGCUGCUUCUGCUGCGAAGGAUGUUUCAAGAACAUAAGCGAUCGGCCAAUGGUGGACCUCCUCGGACGACCGAGCUGCGCCGACUGCUUUGACACUUGCCUCAGACGGCCGACAGGAAACACCCCGCGCAAGACCGCCAAUGUGGAGCCGUUCGAGGAGCGGAACAACCUGGGCGGCACGAAGCGCGUGAGUAAGAGCCGCGAGGGUAGUCCAGCGUUGGAGGAAUUGGAGAUGAGGCUGGGUAUCAAGAGCAGAGAGACCACACCUGCCAAAGACGUACGCAGUUCGCGCUUUCUGAACUACGGUUCCAGCCCUUCCACCCAGAUUCCCACCUCCCCCCCAAGCACGCAAAGCCCUCUUAGCAAGCGUUACUCCACUGUCCAGUCCAGUCCUACACCCGAUCGACUGGCUGCGAGAGCGAGAGCACACUCUGCAGUCAGCCCUGGUUCGCCCGCUCUGAGGGAGGCUUUGGCACGACUCGACAGCCCCGAUCGCAGUUUUGCGGGUGACGGCAGUCCCGUUUCGCGUCGCUCUUACAACAGGCUUCGAUCCCCCGAGCUCGAAAGCAAUGACGGGUCGCCAAUAUCGUCAAAAAUAACUGGUACGGGAAGCCCGCGCUACGGAAGCCCUGCAUCGAAACAGCCAACCGCGGAUGCUAUUGAGGAGAUGAAGCAGCGGUUCCUCAGACAAUCCUCUCCUAGCCACCCCUCGUCUCCUGGCAAGUCAACGGUUCCAUCACAGCCAACGACCCCGACACGUCGAGAGCGUCGUUCACGGUCCCGCCCGCGUUCCAGUGGAGCUCUUUCGCAGUCCACAUACGAUGACCUCUCAUCUAUUGAAAGCACCGUUUUCUCUUCUCCUAGCCGCAUUCAACAGGACGAUACCGGAAGAACUGCAAUCCAUCGUAACAUCACCGGCCAUGGCCGGAAUGAGGCGGCGGUGGAGGCCACCAAGUUCACGCUCAGGAAGGAUCGCACUGGGGAUGCGGAAGUCGAGUCUCUACUGGGCGAGAAGGUCCCCACUGCUGACUUGAUCGACCUCAGCUCCGAUACGUCCAUGUCAAGCAUAUCCUCUGAGUUCACUGGAAGCGGAUCGAUGUCACGUAUCCCCCGUCUCACCCGAGGACUAACAAGUCCUGGACACACUCGCGACGAUCCAUAUGGACUCGGUCUGGAUUUGCUCAGGACUGGUUCAUCGACAUCCGGUUCUACUGAGUAUUACUCCGUUCCUGCCACCCCCGAUCUAACCGCCGACCUCUCUGACGCCCACUCACACUCAAGCGGACCCUCUACCCCCCCUUCUCUCAGCCCUCCGUCUCGUCGUGGUAAAGCAGAGGCCGACAAAGCCUCUCGCGCGUCUAGCGAUAUUAGCCCCGCCAAGUCCGAGGCGACCACUCCUACUCCCAAGUCUCGCGCGCUCCCUCGCGACAUCAACAUCCCUGCUCCCCUCCCAGCGGACUCUCGCUGUGCGAAGUGCAACCUGCCUCUAUUUAGCAGAAGGGAUGGCGGGAAGUUCGUGACGGUCCCUGACGGCUCUCCGAGCUCUGGGGCCUCGCCGAAGACAUACCAUACGUCUUGCUUCCGUUGCACAGUGUGCCAUCGGCCGUUCGAGGACACCGACGGUGGUCGUGCAGUCUUCGUCCGUGGACCAUCUGGCGUCUGUCAUCCCAAUUGCGCUCCGCCAGAGAAGACUAUCGUGCGAUCUUAUCCAGUCCAAACGCCUCGGUCUGCGCCACUUCGCCAACCUCCUUCAAAGACCUCCACUGCGACAUAUCACGCAAGCACGAGCCGCGUCGAGGCCUCGCCGAAGACCGCGCCUCCCACACAACAAUCGUUCGCGUUCCCCACCCCGCGCUUCGGGGGCUCGGGCGCGUGCCCCGGCUGCCACAAGUCAGUGUCCCCCAUGGAGCGGGGCGUGGUCCCCGGCCCGCAGGGCUCGCGGUGGCACGCCGCAUGUCUCGUCUGCGGAGGCAAGGAGGCGAAGGGCCGGCGGAAGGAGGACGGCAAGUCCGGGUGCGGCAAGAAGCUCGACAGCGCCGCGAAGACGGACAAGGACGGCGGCGUGUGGUGCCGCGAGUGUCUGCUCGUCCUCCCCACGAACCGCCAGAACUCGCCCUCGCCCUCGCGGAGUACCCCCGCUGCGCCCUCACACCACGCCAGCAACAAGUCCCUCGGCGGCGGCGGCGGCGGCGUCACGCCGCAGUUCACCGGCACGACCACGCUCGCCCGCCAGUUCACCGGCCUCGGCGGCGGCGACGCGGGGCUCAUGCGCCAGCUCACGGGUGGGGGGAUCAGCCCCACCCGGCAGCUCGCGUCGAGCCCGACGAAGAUGCACGACGGCCCGCGGUCGGGCGCGGGGCGCUUCCCGCGCCCGAAGUCGGCGAUCGGGUACGCGUCGCGCACGAAGAGCGAGGGCGGGGAGGGCCGGGGCAUGUUCCUCGUCCGGCAGCUGACGGGGGGCAAGAGCAAGUCGGAGGUUGGGGUCUGA